AUGCCCGUAGCUUGGUAUGACAGAAUGGACGCCAAGUUGGUCCCAAAGGGAGAGACGCCCUCCGAAGGGCCACAUAAGCACCGCCUUAAGAAAAAGUACGGCUCAGACGCUCGUCAAGUAGUUGAUCUUGAAAAUGGGCGGCUCACAUGUUUUAUCCUAAAGGAUUUCAAUGAUCCGCAGAAGACAAAGGACAAACUGUGGCAUGUUCUUGAGAAGAUGAAGGUCUUUGAGCACUGGGAAGUUUACCAGAUUAUGGUGAAGGAGAAGGAGGGCAAGUGUGAAUAUCUCUUUGGCGACCCAUAUCCAGAGCAGCAACAAGAGUAA